AUGAAGGUCAAAAUGCUCUGUCGCAAUCCAGCGGAUUAUGUCCGCGAAACGAAAAAAGACAUUGUACCAAUACAACGAAACUACGAUCCUGAUCUUCAUCCAUUCGAAGUUGCACGUGAAUAUACUCGGGCAAUGAAUGCUGUCAAAAUGGAAAGAAUCUUCGCUCGACCAUUCAUUUGCGGUUUAGAUGGACAUCGCGAUAGUGUGCAAUGCAUAACUAAACAUUCCACUCAACUCUCCUUACUUCUAUCCGGUUCAUGUGAUGGAGAAAUUAAGAUUUGGAAUGUUGCUCAACGCGUUUGUCAAGGAACAAUACCAGCACACAAUGGAUUUGUUCGUGGUAUAUGUGUGAUGCCAGAUGGUGAAGCGUUUUAUUCAGUUGGAAAUGAUAAAUUAAUCAAACGAUGGACUAUGAAUAACUAUGAAACUCCAGCGAUGACAAUUGUUGGAAAACAUGUUUUUACAUCGAUUGAUCAUCAUUACAAGAAUCCUCAGUAUGCCACUAGUGGCGAAACCGUGUCAUUAUGGGACGAGCAACGUGCUCAACCGCUUCAGACAUUUAAAUGGGGUGCAGACAGUCACGCGAGAGUCAAAUUCAAUCCAAUUGAAACAACUGUUCUUGCCAGUUGUGCAGCUGAUCGAAGUAUAAUUCUCUACGAUACGAGACAAUCUGUACCAUUACGAAAAAUCACACUCCGAAUGAAUUCCAGCACACUUGCUUGGAAUCCGCUCGAAGCAUUUGUAUUCACAACCGCAAAUGAAGAUUACAAUUUGUACAGUUUUGAUAUUCGUUAUCUACAAAGACCAUUCAAUAUUCAUAAAGAUCACGUUGCAGCUGUCACAGACGUUGAUUACUCUCCAACAGGAAAAGAAUUUGUUAGUGGUAGCUACGAUAAAACUAUUCGAAUAUUUCCCUCGGAUAAAGGUCAUAGCCGAGAUAUUUACCAUACGAAACGUAUGCAGCAUAUUACUUGCGUUCAAUGGACAGCCGAUAAUAAAUAUGUCAUAUCAGGUUCGGACGAAAUGUGUCUACGGUUGUGGAAAGCAAAAGCAAGUGAAAAACUCGGCGUGACACGCAAUCGUGAAGCUGAAACACUUGAAUACAAUGAUGCAUUAAAAGAGAAAUUCUCACAUUUCCCGAAAAUUAAACGCAUUGCACGACAACGUCACGUACCUAAACAUGUUUAUCAUGCCAAACGUGAACACAAGACCAUCCAGGAUAGUCAAAAACGUCAUGAAGCCAACGCACGUGCUAAUAGCAAACCUGGCUCAGUACCGUUUGUGUCCGAACGAUCGAAACUUGUUUUGGAAGAAGAAGAAUAA